GGUUCGUUUGCUAGAAAUAACGUCGGGAUCGGGAUUUUUAGAAAAGAAAUGAAAUAUGAAUGCCAUUUCUUCUGUGGUCAUGUUUACAGAUUUGCGUCCUGACAACACUGUCAAACGAGUAGAAUAAUCAAUGGCAACAGCAGAAUCUGUUACAGCUGAUGUAAAAUUGCUUCAAAUUAUUGGAAUAGAACCCCUGAAAGAUAAAGAACAAGCUAGAGGACCAAAUUACAAAACAGUCCAUGAGAAAAUUGUAAACGAAAAGAAUGCCAGGUUUAUGUAUCCUGAUCCAGGAUUCUUCAAGAAGAAAAAGAAGGCAAGGAAAGGUGAAUGGCUGGCAGAACAUAAGGAACCAGGUCAGACCUUUAAACAGUUUCUAGGUAAAAUUGGCAACAGACCAUUUGGGCGCCACAGAACCAUUUACCUCAUCCCAUUAGUUUUUGAAGAGGAGCCUGUUCCAAAGAAUAUCCUCAAACCACUAUCAGAAUAUGCCGCUGUUUUCUUUGACUUGCCUAUCAAAGUCGGCAAGCAGAGAAACAUGAAAAAAGACGUACCUAACAGAAUUAAUGAGUUUACGAAAAACUUCCAAGUAGAUGCUACAGCUUUGUUGCAGAAAAUGGAGCUUCCUGCGGAUGCGUUUUGUGCUGCUGGGAUAACCCUUUGUGACCUUUAUCCACAGGAAUCAUGGAACUUUGUCUUUGGACUGGCCAAUGUGGAUGGCGCUCGUGGAGUUUAUUCAUUAGCCAGAUACCUGUCCAAUUUUGGCUCCUCAAGAAAUACAGUGUACAAUCCUGAUGAAGAGAAAGGUGGAGAGCCUACCAUCAUCAGGAGAGCAUGCAAAGUAAUGUGCCAUGAAAUAGGUCACAUGUAUGGGCUGAGACACUGCACUCAUUUUGAAUGCUUAAUGAAUGGUUCCAACCACUUGGACGAAGCAGAUAAAAGACCCUCAUUUCUAUGCCCACUGUGUCUUAAUAAGCUCUACUCUGUCAUGAAGUUUGACGUUGAAGAAAGAUACAGAAAAAUGUUGACAUUUUGGAAAACUUAUGGUCUGACGGAAGAAGUGAACUGGCUUGAAAUGCGACUCGCUGUUGUGUUGGAGGCUUUGUGAAUAAAUCAGAAUGUUACUUUUUAUUAGUAUAUGUUAUCUGAUCUUUUUUACUAAAAAUUAUUUAUUAGUAAUCUAUUUUCAACUAACGUACAGUCUGAUUUAUCAAUAAAAUAAGAGUUAUCCCUCUUA